AUGGUUUUAGGUGAUGAUGUUUCUAUGUAUAGUCUUAUCUUAGAUGAUUCUAUCACAACUGAAGAAAAAUGUAAAACAUAUUUAGAAUAUUUAUGUGAAAAACUCGUAGAAAAGCUACCGGGAGGAAAUUUUACCAAUAUACUGAAGAAAUUAUGCAAUUUAACUAAAAGAAAUAAUUAUUGCAAAGGUCUCUUUACUCAGGGUCGUAUUAAAAAAGACUUAGAUAAAAAAUGUAAUGGUAUAAAGGAUAAACUCAAAUAUUAUUAUUAUAGUUUAAGUAAAACUUUAUUUACAGGAGAAUGGAAUGCAAGAAUAGAAGCAGAAGAUUGCGAAAAUUAUGAAACGUUGUGUAUAGUUUUUCAAAGAGUUUGCUAUGGUUUGAUUAGCGAUUUAUGUGGCAAAUUUAAUAAUCUCUGUUAUAAAAAAUAUAUUAAAGAUACUGAAGAUAGUGUAUUAUUGGAAUUUAUAGGAAAAGAAGCACUAUCUAAUGAAUCGAAAAAUAAUGAACUGGAACAUGAACAUCUAUAUACCCAAUGUAUUCACACUCUUCUUAAAAAAUGUCAUUGUAUAACCUCUUUUGGGCCUACUAUGGCAGAAUCAUGUUCUCAAUUAACGGAUACAUGUAAUCACUUUAAUCGAAGUACUACCAUAACUUGUCGAUAUUUGGACUCUUAUAUUAAAAAUUUUCUCUUAGAAAAACAGGAACAUAUUACAGGUUAUAAGAAAAAGAUAACAAGAAAUAAAUGUUCGUUGCUUGGAGCUUGUGAGUAUUAUUUAUUACUCUGUCAUAACAAAACAACAGAGAAUCUUUGCAAGCCAAUAAUAGAAGAAUGCUCCGCAAAAGCUGAUCUAGAUAUGGGCUUCGUAAAGAAUCUUUCUUUAGGCGAAUGCAAAUCAACGUUUCAAAACGUAAAUUUAACUAGAUUUUUUUAUGAAAAACAAAAAAGUGGAGUUUCAUUACCGCAUAAAGCUCCAUAUCUUACUCCUCUUUUAAUGUUUUUCUCUUCCCUAGAAAGAUCUACUCUUACUUUAAAGGAAAGAUGCUUGAAUUUUAUUAAAAAAAAUUGUUUGGCUCUUCUGGGUAUGUUUCCUAAUCUUCAUGAAUAUUGUAAGAGUGGAUAUACUGAUGAAUGUAAUGAUAUGGAUAGAAGGAUGAAUACAACAUGUAUCAAUUUAAAUAAAACAUUUGAAGAAUUAGGUCUUACUUCUACUAAUGGCGUUUGGACUAUACUAUGGAACAGCACAGCAAACAAUAUCACUACACCCCAAUGUCAAAUGUUAAUAGAAGAAUGCACUUAUUUUAGACCUGGUUGUCCUGGUAUUAAAAGUCCAUGUGAAAAUGUAAAAGCUCUAUGUUAUACACUGAGUAAAAAAAGAUCUCACUUAAAUUAUUUUUGGGAAAAACUCGAAGAAAAAUUAUCACCUAGUGAUUUUAGCAUUUUUAAUCAAUCUAAUCUACCUCAAUCUUCAGCUGCUUCUAAUUUAUAUCAGCAUAUAUACAAGCAUAUUCUAGAUAUAUGUGCAGAGCUUGGAGGAACUAACGAAGUCUUAUUUAGAUGGUGUUUGCACCCCACCCCUAAUCACCCCCCCCUCCCCUCUGUAACUUUCCCAGGUAACUUAUUUGAUAGAUUAUUUCAUGAUUUUUUAGCAAGGCGUGAUGAUUUAGAAAGAGGCUUAUUAUAUGUAGGAGAACCUCCUAGUUUAGCAGAAUGUGCACCUUAUGUUUAUGAAUGUCAUAACUUAUUAGAGAUUUUUAAAGAUCUUACUACUAAUUGUACAAUACUGGAAAAUGAAUGUUAUAAUGGGUACAAAGACUAUGAUAAACUUGAAAAUUCUAAGCUUAUUAAGUCGAUUUGA